AUGUCUGCCACAGCGUUAACCAACCCAGCUCCAGACUGGCUCAACAAGGGAGAUCAGGCCUGGCAGUUGACGGCUGGUACGCUGGUUGCUCUUCAGUCAAUUCCGGGGCUUGCGAUUCUGUAUGCGGGUUUCGUUAAGAAGAAGUGGGCCAUUAAUUCCGCGUUUAUGGUAUUCUACGCUUUCUCCGCUACACUUGUGUGCUGGGUUAUUUGGGCAUAUAAAAUGGCUUUCGGCGAGCAAUGGGGCAAAUUUCCUUUGGUUGGAACGCCCGGUCCCGUUUUAACCAUGCAACAAAACCUGGGAAGAGCGACCUUACCAGCCGCAGAUAUCACAACAAAUUUCAACUUGUCAACCAUGAUCUAUUUCCAGUUCGUCUUCGCCGCUAUCACAGUCAUAAUCCUGGGGGGAUCUCUGUUAGGGCGAAUAAAUCUUUUGGCAUGGAUGGUGUUUGUGCCUCUCUGGAUCACACUGAGUUAUACUGUUGGGGCAUUUAGUCUUUGGGGCGGGGGCUUUCUCAGCAAGAUGGGGGUACUGGACUAUUCGGGCGGAUAUGUCAUCCAUUUGAGCUCUGGUACUGCUGGGUUUACCGCUGCAUGGUGGGUAGGUCCACGCUUGCAACGCGAUAAGGACUCUUUCUUCCCCAACAACAUUCUUCUCAUGCUGGUCGGCGCGGGCAUCCUCUGGGUAUGCUGGAAUGGUUUCAAUGGAGGUGACCCAUAUGCGGCUAGUCCUGACGCCGGCGUUGCCGUUCUCAACACCAAUAUCUGUACCGCCAUGAGUUUGCUCGUUUGGACUUCCCUGGAUUAUAUUUUUUUCAAGAAGCCAUCCGUCAUCGGUGCCGUUCAAGGCGAAAUCACUGGGCUUGUGGCAAUCACUCCCGCUGCUGGCUUCGUCGCAGGUUGGGGAGCCGUCGUUAUUGGAGUUUGCUCAGGUUCAAUUCCUUGGAUAUCAAUGAACAUUCUCGGGAGAAUGAAAUGGAUGAAGAAGGUUGAUGACGUUAUGGGAGUUGUUCAUACACAUAUGGUCGCCGGAUUCCUAGGUGGUUUCCUCACGGGUAUCUUUGCUACUAUUGAUGGAUGUGCAGCAUUUGGUCUUACGAACCCCGGUGGCGCGAUUGAAGGUAAUGGGAGACAAGUAUGGCUGCAGAUUGUGGGUGCCCUAUUCAUCAUUGGCCUCAAUAUGUUCAUGACGACAUUGAUCUGCGUUUUUAUUCAAUAUGUCCUACGCAUACCGUUGCGUAUGGAUGAGCAACAGCUGCUUGUUGGUGAUGAUGCUGUCCAUGGUGAAGAGGCCUACGCGUUGUUUUUCGAGGGCGAGAGGAGCCACCUCAGCCUCAACGCCAAUGGGCUGGAGAGUGGGCACAUCAUCGAUAGCCAAAGUAUGGGAAACGCAGAGGGUAGUGGACAAGGAACACCUGCCGGAAGUGCCACAAAUACGGCAAAAAAGCUGAGUGAAGGGGAACUGGAAUAG